AUGAUCUCCUCGGACCUUGAACGUGCGGCGUCUUCCCUAUCUCAGCCGGACCCCACUACGUUGACAAAGGAGGAUUUGGAUGCAAGUUCAAAUGCCCCAGAUGGCGGUCUCAGAGCGUGGCUUGCUGCCGCUGGGGGCUCUUGCGUCUUUUUUGCUGCCCUAGGUUUCGCAAAUGCAUUCGGUGUCUUCGAGGAAUACUAUCUGUCUCACCAGCUCAUUGGCAAAUCCGCAGACGAUGUAGCUUGGAUAGGAUCUCUGGCUUCAUGUCUGCAAUUUGCAGCGGGCGCAAUUGGAGGUCCACUAUUUGAUAGAUAUGGUGCUUGGGUUAUCCGGCCCGCAGCUGUUCUGUACAUCUUUGCAAUCAUGAUGACCAGCCUAUGCAAGGAAUACUGGCAAUUCAUCCUUGCACAAGGCAUUCUCAUGGGCUCUGCAAUGGGCUUGAUUCAAUUCCCAGCUAUGGCGGCCGUGACUCAAUACUUCGAUAAAAAGCGAGCUGCUGCGCUAGGAGCAGUGGUGGCUGGAUCCUCGAUCGGGGGUGUGGUCAUGCCGAUCGCACUUUCGAAAAUGCUGAACAGCACUACAUUGGGCUUCGGAUGGUCGGUGCGGAUCAUUGGCUUCAUGCUCAUUCCCAUACUUGCCUUCUCAUGUAUCACCGUCACGGCACAUCUUCCACCGCGCAAGUCUGCGUUCUUCAUGGCCGCACCAUUCAAGAACGUCAAAUUCUGCCUCAUCACCGCUGCUAUGUUCUUUAUGUUCAUUGGGAUGUUUUCCCCACUGUUUUAUCUUCCGACAUACGCAGUGUCUCGAGGGAUGGAUGUUACACUUGCCUCGUACCUGCUCUCCAUUCUCAACGCAGCGUCCACGUUUGGCCGGGUCAUUCCUGGAAUUCUUGCGGACAAAUUUGGGCGGCUAAACAUUUUCGUGAUUGGGGGAUUUGCGACAGGAAUCGUUAUAUUCUGUUUCGACCAAGCUAAGUCUACGGCUGCAUUGGUGGUCUACUCUAUCGCCGUUGGAUUCACAUCGGGAACGAUCAUCUCCGGUGGAUCUGCAGCCCUGACAAUCUGCAUUGGAAACCCCCAGGAGAUUGGCACGUACUUGGGAGCAGCCAUGGGUUUUGCAUCUUUUGCAGCUUUGAUUGGGCCCCCUGUUAAUGGAGCAAUGGUCAAUCAUUAUCAUGGGUUCGCUGAGAUGUCGUAUUUCAGCGGCGCUGUGUCAAUUGUCGGUGGACUUUUUGGACUCGCAGCGAAAGCGAUGACUCCGCAGGGAAUUUUUGGAAGGACCUAG